CUUCCUUCACUUCCUGAUCAGCGGACCAAUCACAGCGCUCCCUCCUCUACCGUCCAGUGACGUAGACAGCUGUGGUACUUCCUCGUUUGUUUCCUGAGCUUGAACCGAAACCAGACGUCCAGUUUCAGCAUGCAUCUGUCCAGGGUUGGACUUUACAUGAAGAGAAGAAAGCGGGGCUGCUCUAAAGUCUGAACAUUUUUUGUCUUCCUCCAUCUGGCCGUCACUCUCUCUGCCUCUUCAGAUUGGUGCUUAUCCCCUCUCCCACCUUGCCAACAUGCUGUGUUGGGGUAAUGCAAAGGAUGGACAGCUGGGUAUUGGCACAGAGAGGAACCCCAUGUUUGAGCCGAGGAACUGUCAUGUGUUCAGUGGCAGGGGACUGAAAGAGGUGACCUGUGGAGGGCAACACUCAAUGUUCCUGCUGCACGAUGGUAGUGUGUACACAUGUGGUUCUAACAGCUGUGGACAGCUGGGCCACGACAAACCAGGGACUUCCCCAGAGCUUGUAGGAGCUCUGGAUACUCAGACGAUAACAAUGGUGUCGAGUGGUCGGGCUCAUUCGAUGGCGGUGAAUGAGCAGGGUCAAGUGUUUGCGUGGGGAGCCGGCGAAGGGGGCCAGCUCGGCCUGGGGAGUGCAGAGAUGGCUGUUCGAAUCCCAAGGUUGGUCAAAAGGCUGUGUGACCACCGGAUCUCUCAAGUAAUGUGUGGGAAUCAGCACUGCAUUGCACUUUCUAGAGAUGGCCAGCUGUUCACGUGGGGCCAGAACACCAGCGGUCAGCUCGGCCACGGGAAAGGAGAGUCCAGCAAGCUGUUCCCUCAUCCUCUCAAGUCUCUGGCGGGUAUUCCUCUGGCACAGAUCACUGCCGGGGGAGACCACAGCUUUGCUCUCUCCUUGUCCGGAGCUGUGUUUGGAUGGGGCAAAAACAAAGCCGGACAACUGGGUCUCAAUGAUAAACAAGAUCGGGCUGUCCCGUGUCACAUCAAAUUUUUGAGAUCUCAAAAAGUUGUUCACAUCAGCUGUGGAGAUGAACACACAGCGGCCCUCACAAAGGACGGCGGCUUGUUUACAUUUGGCGAAGGCUCGUGGGGUCAGCUGGGUCACGGCUCCACCAAUAAUGAACUUUUACCCAGAAGGGUGCUGGAGCUCAUGGGCAGUGAGGUGUCCCAGAUCACCUGUGGCAGGCACCACACGUUGGCAUUUGUGCCUUCCUCUGACGUGGUGUAUGCGUUUGGUUGUAACAGCCACGGCCAGCUGGGCACAGGAAUACUGGGGGAUGCCAGAAGCCCAUUUCCUGUCAAGGCCAGUUUCCUGACUGGAAAUUUCCAUAGAACAGAAUCAAAAAAAUAUACAGUGACCAAAAUCAUCUGUGGAGGAGACCAUAGCUUCUUGUUGUACUCGAAUGAACAGAGUUUUGUCCCCCCAGAAGACUUCAGAGUGAUUAAUGUCAGUAAAUCACUCGCCCCGUUCAAUUAUGAACGAUUAAAUUCAUGGAGGUUAAAGCUGAUGUACAGCACAGACUCUGGUGUCACAAAUGACAUUAUAAUUCAACUCUCCUCUACGGCUUGUUGGAACGCCAGCUUCUUGGACCAAAGUGAUGAUACCCACUUCAAAACCAACCCAAAGAUCCCUGGCAUCGAUCUCAACGCUGUCAAAAAGCUUUUUGAGACGCUCAGCAAACCGGCUUUCUCUGGACUUCUGGAGCAGGCCACCAAGAGUUUUGAGAGUCUGAUGAUCCCUCAGCUGCCGCGCUCCCCUCCUGACGUCGAGGCUAUGAGGAUCUACCUCAUCUUGUCUGAGUACCCAGCCCUGAUGGACUCUAAGAACUACAUCCGCCUCACUAUCCCCCUGGCAAUGGCCAUCCUCCGGCUGGACGCCAACCCUGGCAAAGUAUUGGAUAACUGGUGGUGUUUAGUGGACUGCAAUGUGUUCACCAGAAUGGUCGACAUGUACAAGAGCAUCGUUGUGUUCAUGCUAACGGGAGGCAAGACACUGCUUGUACCGGUGUUCUUCGAGAACUACUUUGUCGCCACAUUAAGGCUGCUGGAGAAACUUCACAAGGUAAACUUAAAGGCCCGCCAUGUGGAGUACAACCGCUUUUAUAUCCCUGAUGUCACCAGCCUGGUGGACAUCCAGGAAGACUACCUCAAAUGGUUUCUGAGUAAAGCUGACAUCAAACAAUCAUCCUCCCCUUCACAGAGUGACUUCCCCUCAGUGAACCUAUGUGCCUACCCGUUCAUACUGAACGCUCAAGCCAAGACAACCAUGCUGCAAACAGACGCUGAACUGCAAAUGCAGAUGGCAGUAAGCGGUGCAAACCUACACAACGUCUUUAUGCUGCUCACGCUGGAACCCCACCUUGCUAGGAACCCUUACUUGGUGCUUCACGUACGCAGGGACCAUUUAGUGAGUGACACAUUACGAGAGCUCACCAUGUACUCUGAUGUGGACCUCAAGAAACCGCUCAAGGUGAUCUUUGAUGGCGAGGAGGCCGUGGAUGCAGGCGGUGUAACUAAAGAGUUCUUCCUGCUGCUGUUAAAGGAGCUGAUGGAUCCUGUAUACGGGAUGUUCACUCAUUACAAAGACUCCAACCUGCUGUGGUUCUCAGACAAAUGUUUUGUUGAGCAGAACUGGUUUCACCUGAUCGGGAUCAUCUGCGGUCUGGCCAUCUACAACUCCACGGUGGUGGACCUCCACUUCCCCCUGGUCCUCUACAAGAAGGUGCUCAAUGUGACGCCAACGCUGGAGGACUUCAAGGAGCUCUCACCCACCGAGGCCAGGAGUCUGCAACAACUUCUAGACUACGACGGAAGUGAUGUGGAGGAGACGUUUCUUCUCAACUUUGCUAUCACAAGGGAGAACUAUGGGAUGACAGAAGUCAAGGAGCUCGUUCCUGGAGGAGAGAGCAUCAGUGUAGACAAAAACAACAGGAAGGAGUUUGUAGAGGCCUACCUGCGCUACGUGUUCUCAGGCUCGGUGAGCGAGCAGUACUCGGCCUUCUCCUCUGGCUUCCUGAAGGUGUGCGGUGGGGAGAUCCUGUCGCUGUUCCAGCCCUCCGAGCUGAUGGCCAUGGUGGUCGGCAACAACAACUACAACUGGGAGGAAAUGGAGAAGAAUGCUGUUUACAAAGGGGAAUAUACAGCCACUCAUCCAACCGUCAGAUUGUUCUGGGAGGUUUUCCACGAGUUCCCUCUGGAGAAGAAGAAGCAGUUCUUAUUGUUCCUGACCGGCAGCGACCGUAUCCCCAUCCACGGCAUGGAGAGCAUGCGCAUCGUCAUCCAGUCCACCACAGCAGAGGAGCACUACCUGCCGGUGGCCCACACCUGCUACAACCUGCUGGACAUGCCCCGCUACCAGACCAAAGAGAUCCUGCGCCGCCGUCUCACUCGGGCUGUGGAGCAGUACGAGGGCUUCAGCCUGGUCUGAGGGCGGGGAGACACACAUGCAGCAGUUUUAAUGCACUUUAACAGCAAUACGACCCCCAUGUCCGUGUCAAAAGAGUGUUAUGGGGGACUUGGGGACACAGGAAGGUCACUCUCUUUAUAUGCUCUCACAAGAUUGUUAAACAUCUUGAAUCUGAAAGGUCUAUCUAUGUAAAUGCAAAACUAUUAUUGUUUUUAUUGCUUUGGGCAAUUUCUCAACCUUUUAGGACCAUUUGCAAGAUAUUUUAAACACUGGUGUAAGGACAUUUAUUUGAAAUAUAUCACAGUCCCUGAAAUAAAAAUGACAUAAUUAAAUUCACACGACAACCUGGGAUCAUAAACAUUUUGUGACCAAAAAUCAAGGGCCAGAGGAGGUUGAGAAACUCUCUUUAUUAAUGUCUUUUUUCUUUUCUUUUUUUUUUGCACAACUGUGUAUUUUAUAUUCAACUCCUUAAAUUCUAUUUUUUACCUUUUAAAGAUAUAUGUUAUUACCUUGAGACAAUAUAUCUGCUUUUUGUUACUUUUAAUUUAACAAAUAGAGUGGCUAUUUUUUGACGAAAUAUAAAAUGUGUAUAUAUGUAUGUAAAUAGCACUUUGAAUAUAAUCUUUACAUUGGGAGGAGUGUUUGUCCCGCUGAUCCUUUUAAUGGGAGAGUAUUCAGCAGGCAGAAAGGUGGCGGAUGAAACUAUGUUGAAUAUGAUUUGCAAUCCCUUGUUUCUUUUUGAGCUGUGGAUCACAGAGCAGCUGACUUUGUCUUGAACCUGCAUUCAACAGUGUUGCCUUCUACAGCAAAACCUACAUGAAAAGCUGACUUUUAAAGUUUUUUUUUUAGUGGUGGUCGUCUGUGUGCAUGUUCUUGAGUGAAAGCUAAAAACCUGAUUGUCAUUUAAAGAAUUUGACAUUUUUGGGAAAUAUGCUUAUUAGCUUUCUGGCAGAGAGUUAGAUGAGAAGACUGAUACCAUUAUCAUAAACUGUACUGUAAAGGUGGCAACUAGCAGCCGGUUAACUUAGCUUAGGACAAAGAAGACAGGAGACGGGUGAAGCCGUCCAACAGUAACAAAACCCAUGUACCAGUACCGCUAAAGCUCACUAACUAACACUAUACAUUAUACAGUAUCUUGUUUGUUUAACAUGUACAAAAAAACAGAGUGUAAAAACGAGAAUUCAGCGUUUUACAGCGACUUAUGUAGCGGACUAUUUCCUGGCUGUGACCUGGGUGUUGGACCGCGUUCUGUGACCUUAUUAGAAAAGAAAUGUCAAGACCGGCCUGUAUUGCCACCGCAAACGUGUAUUAUUCAUUUAUUAUUGCAUGCCUUUCCUGAUAGCUGUUACCAAACCUGGUGUCACAAAAGUAUUUAGAUACAAUUUCUGGCAACUUGAUCAGAGCCAGGAAAUAGUUGGGCACAUAAUAACCCCAUUUAUAACGGUCAAAUUGUUGUUUUUUACACUUUGGUAUUUGUACAAAUUGAACGAAUUACAUACACUAUGGUAAUAGUUGAGCUUUAGAGCUGCUAGUUGGCAGAUUUUGUAACCGUUAGAGAAAGCCAGACUAGCGGUUUCCCCAAUUUCCUGUCUUUUGUUUUUUUUUAAAUCCAAGCCAACCGGCUGCUAUCUGCAGCUUCAUCAGAAUAAGUUUUAUUUGCUAAGAACAUACAUACAAGGAAAUUUGAUUCCGUCUUUUUAUGCAUCUCUCUAAGCGUUCUCAGAAAACAGAAUAAACAAACAAAAACAUAAAAAGUACUAGAGAGCGCAACACCGAGGCCGCCACUCACGGCACCAUCUUGAUAUAAGAUAUCGUAUUUAGCUGACGUUAGCUCUCAACCAGAAAGUGAAUAAAAGUAUGUCCGAAAAUGUCCUUUAAUACUAAAUAUAUAAUCAUUAAAAUUAAUAAUUGUAAUUGGUGUUGCAGAUAAUUAAAUUGUGACAUUUGUGGCAGGAAGACACAAUAUUUAACGCUAACAGUGUGGGCGGUUUGCCUCUAUUUAGAUAUAGUCAGUUGAUAAACUGUAUCUAGCAUAUCACUUGUUUCAAAACUUGCCCUGAUGCUGUAUUUAUUCCUACAGUCAAAGCUCUUAAUCCAAACUGAUGUUUAAUUAGGUUGUGCAUUGGCGUGAAGUGUGUGAAAUGGUCUUGCAUAUACAUAUAUUUUUUAUAUAUUUCAUACUACAGUGGUGUCAAAGUGACUUCAGACAGUAAAUGACUUGAUAUGUCCCGACUGAGAGGUCACACUGACACGUCCGUUUAGCAAUAACAAGCUGAAACAGCCCAGUAAUGUAGUGAUGAUGAUAACUCUGGGUUGUUCUUCUUAAGGUCUUAUACACUGGACUCUUCUAAGAGGUUUUCUUAGGACAGUCCAUCUUCUUGCUUUGCUCUAUGCUGCAUGUUCACACAUGUUCAGUCAGUAUUCGACUAAUUAAAGCUCAUUUCUCCUGCAGACUUUAGUCCUAUGCAAAGGUUGUGCAGCCCUUGACUUUUUUAAUGUGCAAAUGAAAAUGUGAUUUUUUUGCAUAUUUGUCUGAAAUCUACACAAAGCUUUCUGUUCCAGCCAACUUUCUAAAUAAACAAUAAUAGUGUUC